CGUAAUUUCCAGUGCGACGAGAAUAACCCAACAACUGAUUUGACUGAACUGAAGCUCCCCAACGCUGAAUUAACAUUAUCAUUAUUUGUGGAGAAAUAGGCUAUAUCUGAAAUUAGACGCGACAUGGCUGAAGCAAUUCAGAAGAAGUUGCAGGCAGAGCUGGAAAAAUACCAAGUGAUUCAAAAAGAUGUGAGUAAAAGCAUGUCUGCCAGACAAAAGCUCGAAGCUCAGGUCACUGAAAAUAACAUCGUUAAAGAGGAAUUGGAUUUAUUAAACGCUCAGAAUACAGUCUACAAACUCAUCGGGCCUGUUUUAGUGAAGCAGGAUCUUGAUGAAGCCAAAGCAACUGUAGCUAAGAGAUUGGAGUAUAUCAAUGGGGAGAUACAACGCCAUGAAACCCUGCUGAAGGAGAUGGAGAAGAAGUCUGAGCAGCAUCGUGAGGUUCUCACAAGCCUCCAACAGGAGUAUCAGAAGGCCCAGGGGCGCACAGCGGGCAAAGUCUGAUCCUGGCAUCCGUGUGUGGAUAGAGAAGUGCAAUGGAUAAACACAGAAGGAAAGACUAGACUCGAAUGUCAGGCUCAGAGACCACUGAGUCCCACUCCCCCCUGGGCUCUCAGAGACUCACUGACACAGACAGACAGACAGACAGACACAUGCCCCCACUGUCACCGUAAAUGGAACACAUAGCGUGAGAAGGAUCAUUUGUCAUUUCCAUUGUCUUCAAUAAAGUACUUUCAUUGUUUUGAUAUUUAUUUUGCCUCAAAUGGUUGUAUUUCCCAUGUUUUGUUUAGCCUUUUCAAAAGUUAUUGUACAUUAAAACAGUUGUUUUGUUGCUUCCA